UCUCUUCACACUCACACACUCUUGCAGGGUUUUACAGCGCUCUCGCUCUAGGGUUUUGGCAGUGCGAAAUAGAAAUGGCAAUGGCUUUUUUGGGUCGAAACUUAAUCUCAAAGCCCACCUUCUCCCUCUCUCGCUUCUUCUCUUCCUCCUCUCUCUCCCUCUCUCGCCCUUCCCCUCUCCUUCGCCUCCGCCUCCUCGCAUCCCUACCGAACAUCCGCCGCUCUCCAGCUCCUGCCGCCGGAAUCCGAUGCUUCUCGACGCGCCCGACGACAUCUUCGUUGAACGACCCGUCUCCGAACUGGAGCAACCGUCCACCGAAGGAGACCAUCCUACUGGAGGGCUGCGAUUUCGAGCACUGGCUCAUCGUGAUGGAACCGCCCGAGGGGAAUCCCACAAGGGAUGAGAUCAUCGAUAGCUACAUUAAGACGCUCGCCCAGGUCGUCGGAAGCGAAGAAGAAGCAAAGAAGUCAAUUUACUCGGUAUCAACUAGGCACUACUAUGCUUUUGGAUGCAUUGUGUCGGAGGAACUUUCUUACAAGAUAAAGCCUUUGCCAAGAGUUAGGUGGGUUCUUCCUGAUUCUUACUUGGAUGUCAAGAAUAAAGAUUAUGGAGGGGAACCUUUCAUAGAUGGGAAAGCUGUUCCAUAUGAUCCUAAAUACCAUGAAGAAUGGGUUCGAAACAAUCAACGUGCAAAUGAGAGGUCCAGGCGCAAUGAUAGGCCUCGCAAUUUUGAUCGAUCUAGGAACUUUGAACGAAGAAGAGAAAAUAUGCAGAACCGUGACUUCCAAAGCAGAGAUGUGCCUCCAAUGCCUAACCGGGAUUUCCAAAAUGUGCAGACUUCAAUGCCUUCCACAUACAAUGCUGAUGCAGGGGGCAUGCCUAAUAGAGAUGCUGGCCCUAGUGGAGGGUACUCAAACAUGCCCAACAGUGGUGGACAGAGCGGUGGGGGAUACUCAAACAUGCCUAACAGUGGUGGGCCAAGCGGAGGAGGAUACUCAAACAUGCCUGGUAGUGGUGGGCCUAGUGGGGGAUACUCGAACAUGCCAGGUAGAGCUGGGCCGAGUGUGGGAUCCUCAAACAUGCCAGUGGGAUCCUCAAACAUGCCAGGUAAUGGUGGGCUGAGUGGAGGAUACUCAAACACGCCCAACAGUGGUGGGCCGAGUGGGGGAUAUUCAAACAUGCCCAACACCGGUGGGCUGAGUGGAGGAUACUCAAACACGCCCAACAGUGGUGGGCCAAGUGGGGGAUAUUCAAACAUGCCCAACACCGGUGGGCCAAGCGGAGGCUAUUCAAACAUGCCCAGCAGUGGUGGGCCAAAUGGAGGCUAUUCAAACAUGCCCAACAGCAGUGGGCCAACUGGAGGCUAUUCAAACAUGCCUAGCAGUGGUGGCCCAAGCGGAGGCUAUUCAAACAUGCCCAGCAGUGGUGGGCCAAAUGGAGGCUAUUCAAACAUGCCCAACAGCAGUGGGCCAACCGGAGGCUAUUCAAACAUGCCUAGCAGCGGUGGCCCAAGCGGAGGCUAUUCAAACUUGCCUAACAGCAGCCCAGGGCAUAUGCCUAACAGAGAUUUUCAGCAAGGCAGGGAGAUGCCGAGCAGAGAUUACCAGAAUAGCUACACGCCACCUAGCGGCAAUGCGUACCAGGGAAGGGAUAUUCCAGACAGAGAUUUGCCCCCAAUGCCAAACAGAGACUAUCAGUAGGUCUGAUAUGUGGGGAGCUUGUCAAGUGCAUUGCUGAUCAAAGGAAGCCAUACGCCACAAUUUUGAAAUCUAUGGAGCUUGAUCUACUUAAAUGUGGUUAUGUGGAUUUUAGGUGUUGAGGAAACUCAUUUUGGGGUAUGAUGAUGUAUGGACAUCCAAUACAAUUUAGAAGGGUCUGCUUUUUCCACCGGUUCACUUAUAGAUUAGCAAUUUAUUUCGUGUUAUAAUAGCUUCUAUAUUUGAAUUCUGGCAUAGUCAUAAGAAGUUUUGUCACAAGCUUUCUCGUUCCUUGAUUUUGGCUUGAAUAUAUGUAGUGCAAGGGACCUAUUUCGUAUGACAUUGAUCUGUUUAAAUACCUAGAAAUUUCAGUGGAUGGUGCUCC